AUGCCCCCCUCUGCUGCAGCCAGGAUGGGUCUGAGGGUGGCUCAGACAGGUUUUGUGGUCCUGGUCCUGCUCCAGAGCUGUGCUGCAUACAAGCUGAUCUGCUACUACACCAGCUGGUCCCAGUACCGGGAGGGUGAUGGGAGCUUUCCAGAUGCCAUCGACCCCUUCCUCUGUACCCACAUCAUCUACAGCUUUGCCAACAUAAGCAACAAUGAGAUCGACACCUGGGAAUGGAAUGAUGUGAUGCUCUAUGACACACUGAACACACUCAAGAACAGGAAUCCCAACCUGAAGACCCUUCUAUCUGUUGGAGGAUGGAACUUUGGUUCUCAAAGAUUUUCCAAAAUAGCCUCUAACACCUGGAGUCGCAGAACUUUCAUCAAGUCGGUGCCACCAUUUCUGCGGACCCAUGGCUUUGAUGGACUGGACCUAACCUGGCUCUACCCUGGGCGGAGAGACAAGCAGCAUCUCACCACUCUGGUCAAGGAAAUGAAGGCUGAGUUUGCAAGAGAAGCCCAGGCAGGAGCAGAGCAACUCCUGCUAAGCGCAGCAGUGUCUGCUGGGAAGAUUGCCAUUGACAGAGGCUAUGACAUCGCCCAGAUAUCCCGACACCUGGACUUCAUCAGCCUUUUGACCUACGACUUUCAUGGAGUGUGGCGCCAGACCAUAGCACAUCACAGCCCCCUAUUCUGAGGCCAGGAAGAUACAAGUUCUGACAGAUUCAGCAAUGCUGACUACGCUGUGAGCUAUGUGUUGAGGCUGGGGGCCCAGGCCAAUAAGCUGGUGAUGGGUAUCCCCACUUUUGGGAGGAGCUUCACCCUGGCCUCUUCCAAGACAGAUGUGGGAGCCCCGACCUCAGGGCCAGGAAUACCAGGCCGGUUCACCAAGGAGAAAGGGACCCUCGCCUACUAUGAGACCUGUGACUUCCUCCGCGGAGCCACGGUCCAUAGACUCCUUGGUCAGCAGGUCCCCUAUGCCACUAAGGGCAACCAGUGGGUGGGGUAUGACGAUCAGGAGAGCGUCAAAAACAAAGUGCAGUACCUGAGGAACACGCAGCUGGCCGGCGCCAUGGUGUGGGCCCUGGACUUGGAUGACUUUCAGGGCACCCUCUGCGGACAGAAUCUGCACUUCCCUCUCACCAGUACCAUCAAGGAUGCGCUUGCUGAGGUGCAGCCUUCGGUUCUUGGGCACACAUCCCCCUGCCUGACCUGA